AUGGAAAAUGGAAAACAGAAAAGAGAAACUAUACGAAACAGCCGACUACAGUCCCACUUCUCUCGGGUGAGUUGUGGGGUAACUGACUGGGGUUUGGGUUGAGCUUGCAAAUGAUCCGCGAGCUAUCGGAGCUGUGGGGGUCGCGGACCUGCUCUCACUCGAUAUGCGUUUAGGGUGGCGUUAACUCGGAGCUGUCGGCCGGAGCAGCUCUCACCUCUCACUCCCAGCUCAGGGGAAUAUGGCGACAGAGUCAUCAGAAGGAGAAGAAGAAGGAAAGCUGGUGGGGGGUAAUCAACAGCUGGUGGUUGAUGAUGACCUGCGUGAGAUGGCCAAGAAGGCUGCUUGGAGUGUUAGCUCAUACAAGCCUGGCAACGGUGUCCUCUCUCUCCGAGAUGACAACCUCGACACCUAUUGGCAAUCAGAUGGUGUGCAGCCUCAUUUGGUUAAUAUUCAAUUCCAAAAGAAAGUUAAGCUGCAGCUAGUUGUCCUCUAUGUGGAUUUCAAGCUUGAUGAGAGCUACACGCCUAGUAAGGUAUCUAUUCAUGCUGGUGAUGGCUUCCACAACUUGAAGGAAAUAAAAACUGUGGAACUUGUCAAGCCAACUGGUUGGGUUUAUAUAUCCUUAUCGGGAAAUGAUCCUCGGGAAACAUUUGUGAACACUUUCAUGUUGCAAAUUGCGGUUUUGUCAAACCACCUCAAUGGGAGGGAUACGCAUGUGCGCCAGAUCAAAAUUUAUGGGCCCCGACUGAACCCCAUUCCGCAUCAGCAAUUUGAGUUCACUUCAAGAGAGUUCACCAUGUACUCUUCGGUGAGAUGAGGACGGUGAGACUGCUGUUAAACCAGGCAGGGGCGCAAGCAGAAGCACAGAGGACGUUCGUGCAACUUUGUAGCUGUGAUUAUCAUUCAUAUCUUACCUAGAUGUGGAGACAAUCCAACUAUACCUUACCUAGAUGUGUAGACAAUCAAACUAAGAUGGUUUGAUAUAUCAGGGUUAUCUUUUUCUUUAAGUCGUUCCCGUGAUCCUUGCCUUUUGUGAAAAGAAACAUUUGAAGACUCUGUUUUUGGGCUGUAGUAUAUGUGGCGCGUGAGAGUGGUGGCCUAGUGUUAAAAUUAAACAGCAGAGCCCUGUGGAAAACUAAAUUUUUAUUUUUACAACAUUUGUAUGAAAUAAAUUAACAUAAAGAGUUUUGACA